UGUUAAGGCCAAGACAACAAGCGCUCAAGGAUUGGUUUUAGAUAUGGAAAUGAUGAAGGAGAGGUUUUCCAAGCUGCUUUUGGGAGAGGAUAUGUCGGGGGGGGGAAAGGGGGUUUCCUCAGCUUUGGCUUUGUCAAAUGCCAUCACAAAUCUAACAGCAUCUGUUUUCGGAGAGCAGCAGAAAUUAGAACCAAUGAAUCCAGAGAGGAAAGCAAGGUGGAGAAAAGAAAUGGAAUGGUUUUUAUCUGUAACAGAUCAUAUAGUUGAAUUAGUCCCUUCACAGCAGAAAUCCAAGGAUGGAAUUAACAUGGAGAUAAUGGUGACUAAGCAAAGAAAUGAUCUGCACAUGAACAUUCCUGCCUUGCGCAAGCUAGACUCCAUGCUUAUUGGCUAUUUGGACAACUUUGGAACACAAAAUGAGUUCUGGUAUGUGUCAAAAGACGCCAAUGAAUCUGAAAAAGGUAACUUCCAGAGAAAGGAUGACAAAUGGUGGCUACCAACUGUUAAAGUCCCCCCAGAAGGAUUAUCAGAUGUGUGUAAGAAAUGGCUUCACUUUCAGAAGGAGUCCGUGAACCAAGUACUUAAAGCAGCCAUGACAAUAAACGCUCAAGUAUUAUCAGAAAUGGAGAUUCCUGAUAACUACAUGGAAUCCCUUCCAAAGAAUGGUAGACACUGCCUUGGAGAUUCAAUAUACAAAAGCAUAACAGAUGAAUACUUUGAUCCUGCGCAAUGCCUCUCAACAAUAGACUUGUUAACAGAACACAAAGUACUUGACCUGAAGAACAGAAUUGAGGCUUCUGUAAUCAUCUGGCAGAGGAAGAUGUCCCACAAGGAUCAUGGAAAGUCAUCAUGGGGUUCAAGUGUGAGCAUUGAGAAAAGAGAAUUAUUUGAAGAAAGAGCAGCAACCAUCUUACUCCUACUUAAACAGCGUUUUCCUGGGAUUUCACAAUCCACACUUGACAUAAGCAAGAUCCAAUACAAUAAGGAUGUGGGGUAUGCCAUCCUGGAGAGCUAUUCAAGGGUAAUAGAGAGUUUGGCUUCCACAGUCAUAUCUAGGAUUGAAGAUGUCCUUUAUGCUGAUUUUCUCACCAGAAACCAGGCAUCAGCAGCAAAAGCCAAUGCAAGGUUUUCAAUGGUUUCUUCACCAAAUGCUGAACCUAAAAAGUCCCAAAACUCCGAGGACGAGGACUCAGACGGCACGCCAACGUCGAGGACACUCUCGGAUUUCAUGGGGUGGAGUUUAGGUCAAGAAGAGGCUGAUAAUGAGAAGAAGAAUGGUCUGAGGAAAGAAAGCCGCUUCAAAGAGGCAAGUGAUCAAAAUAAGCUCACGGACAAACCGGCUAACAUCAACACAAAAAGGUUUUCCUACUUAGAGAAGCUCGAUAACUUUAGUUUAAGAAGUCCGGCGGCGCGGCAUUGAUGAAAUGACGAUGGAUGGAGAGGGAAAGAAAAAGGGAGACAGAAAGGAAAGAGAAGCAAAUAGACAUAGAAGAU